AUGGUCCUGCCAGACACUUGCAGCAAAAAGUGUUCUUGCAAACAAGUUGGGCACCCUCUGGAGUGCCAGGAGCUUACCUGUGGGCCUCGGGAGAUAUGCAAAACCGUGGACGGUAUUUGGGACUGUUAUCCUGUGUCGUACGGCACUAUGUGGGUAUAUGGCUACUUUCAUGUUAUCACGUUCAGUGGGGCGGCCUUUAGCUUUCAAGGAGCAUGCACGUACAUCCUCACCCAAUAUUGUGGCCCUUCUGGCAAGUUACCUGCCUUCACCAUCCACAUAGUAAAUGGGCACAAAUACUCCUUUGCAGCAUCUUGGACUAGGCAACUGACGUUGGAUAUAUACGGGGAACACAUCGCUGUAAAAGAAGGACAGGAAGGCAAAGUGCAGGUCAAUGGUCUCUUGAUGAAUCUGCCUGUUAUCCUGGCUUCUGGGAAGCUCCACGCCUAUUAUAGUGGAUCGUUCAUCAUUGUUCAAAUGGAUUUUGGCCUCUCCAUCUCCUACGACUGGUUUUCCUAUGUGUCCGUUUCUGUACCUGAGACUUAUUCCGGUUUCCUCUGUGGGCUGGGUGGAGAUUUCAGCGAGAACCAUCAUCAGGACUUCAGGACUCCCAAUGUCUCUGUAGUUCACGAUAGAGGCAUUUUUGGCAACAGCUGGAAGAAAAUGGACUCCCCUUCCUACUGUGCUGUGGUGGAAGUUUCAGCCACCUGCAAUGAGACUCAACCAGCCCUCUUCAGUUCUCAGAAUCACUGUGGGAUGAUCAGCGAUAGAGAUGGGCCGUUUAAAGAAUGUGGUGACUUUGCCAAUUUUCAAAACCACAUUGAAAACUGUGUCAUGGACCUUUGCGCAACUCAGGGUGCGCAUAAGACCCUGUGUGAAUCUCUCCAAAGCUUUGCUUGGCAAUGUCAGAUUCGUGGCAUCAGCAUUCAGCCUUGGAGGGAAAUUGCGGAGUGCGCUGGACCUCCGAACUGCUUCCAGAGCAUGUGCAUAGAAGGAUGCCAGUGUGAAGCAGGCUUUGUGCUGAGUGGCACUGACUGUGUGCCGUGGGAGCAGUGUGGCUGCAGCUACAACGGACGGUAUUACUUGAAAGAGGAAACGUUCUUCCUGGAAGGUGAAAAUUGUAAAAAAAAAUACCGCUGUGAUGGCUCCAUCUCUGCCAUUGAAGCUGAUGGCUCCUUCUGUGGUCCUGACCAAUUCUGUGACACUUGGAAGGGAGUAUUUGGCUGCCACGCAUUGCCAGAUGGCAUCUGUCGAGUUUCUAAAUUUCUCCACUAUACCACCUUUGAUGGUCAGCAGUAUAACUUCCAAGGUAUCUCCAUGUACGUCUUGGUGGAACUGUGCCCAACGUCCAAGUUUUUACCAUCUUUCAGGGUUGAGGUGAAGAAUGAGAAGCUGCUCAACAGCCCUUUAUCUGUAUUAUCAGAAGUUAUUGUAUCUGUGAACAAUACUCAGGUAUACCUGCAGAGAGAACAUCAAGGAACAGUCAAGAUGGAUGGAAUGAUAGUAAACCUUCCGGUUGAAAUCCAAGCUUUAGGAAUCACCAUUUAUCAACAUGGCUUUUAUACCGUUUUAAAAACAGAGUUUGGUUUAAUAGUGAGUUAUGACCUGCGUCACAAUCUAUUCGUUACGCUUUCCCCUGAAUACCGGGGCCUGACUUGUGGUCUAUGUGGGAACUUCAAUGAACUCAUGGAGGAUGACUUUAUGAUGAGAAAUGGCUCAACUACAGAGGACAUACUGGAGUUUGUCCUGAACUGGACAUCAGAAACGAAUCUUGCUGAUACUGGCGAAUCGGUUGCCUUUAUCCCAGUGUUGGAACAAGGAGAACACCUCACACAUUUUAAAUCUCUGUGCUGGAUCAUCCAGGAUCCAGAUGGGCCAUUUGCUUCUUGCCAUCUCCGAGUUGAUCCACUGUCCUUCUUCACAGACUGCAUUUUUGACCUGUAUGCCUCCUCUGGAGACCGUAGCAUCCUAUGUCACUCUGUUCAGAUAUAUGUUGCAGCUUGUCAGAGAGCCAAUGUCACCAUCUCAUCUUGGAGAACGGAAGACUUCUGUGGCUCUGAUUGCCAGACCAACAGUCACUAUGAACUCUGUGGAGUUCCCUGCCAGGAUGUCUGCUCGCAUGUUUGGGUCAAGCUUCAUUGCCUUCCCACGUGCUCUGAAGGAUGCUUCUGUGACCAAGGGUAUUUGCGCAGUGGGGGCAGUUGCAUUCCAGAACAGCAGUGUGGCUGCAUAUACAAUGGGCUGAAUUAUAAGAUUGGAGACCGGGUCUGGCUGCCUGGUUGCCAUGAGCAAUGCAGUUGUUACGGCCCCUCUGACUUCCGCUGCGUGGCUGCCAGUUGUAAUCCUGGACAGAGAUGUACUGUGAAAGAUGGGAAAUUAGGCUGUCACUCUCUGUGGGGAACCUGCACAGUGACAGGGGACCCUCAUUACUUCACUUUUGAUGGGUUGGUGGCACAUUUCCAAGGCACCUGUGCCUACGAGAUCUCAAAGCUUUGCAAUGCCUCCUCUCCAUUCUUCUACCGGGUUGUGGCACGGAAUCAACAACGGGGAAAUGCUCGGGUGUCUUUUGUAACUCGAGUGGAAAUCUGGUUGAAGAGCAGCAUGCUAAGCUUUCAUAUCGUCCUAAGGAGUGGUCAGAUUGUAGAGGUCAACCAGGAAAUGGUGGGAUUGCCCCAUACUCUGGAACUCACAGGCUUCAUUUCCAAGAUAAAAAAUAUGGUGAUUGUAAAAUUAGCAGCAAAUGUAGAAAUCCAUUACAAUGGCCAACAUACUCUGUUCAUCAAAGUGGGACCAGAGUACCAGGGGAAGCUGUGUGGAAUGUGUGGGAAUUUUAAUGAUAUUUCAGAGGAUGAUAAGGUGUUGCCCGAUGGAAGCAGAGCUCAGAACGAUUUGCAUUUUGGCAAUGCCUGGAAAACAGAGACCAGCCCAGCAGGGUGUUUGGAUGACAAUUCCACCCUGGAGCCCUGUGAAAACCUGCGGGAAUAUGAAGAGCUGUGUGGGAUUUUGGUCAGCCAGACGGGACCUUUUGCCAAGUGCUACUGGCAGGUGGAUCCUUCCCUGUUUUAUUUGAGCUGCCUGUAUGAUUUAUGCCACUACGGGAGGUAUAACAACAUGCUGUGCAUCAGCCUUGCAGCUUAUGAGGAAAUGUGCUUCCUUGAGGGAAUUCAGACGCCAGGCUGGAGGGCUUCCGUUCAAUGCCCUGCCACUGACCCCUGCCUUGACUUGGCUUGUGGAGACGAUGAAUGGUGUGGGGAAAGGGGAGGAAAAUGGGGCUGCUUCUGCCACAAAUCUUACAGCCCCGUCAAAAGGGCUGACUAUGAUUACCAGCUGACCUGCAAGAGCAGCAGAAGCAUGGUCUCUCUCUCCCGCUGCCUUCUUUUCACCGACGGAUUCCCUGCUGAAAGACUCCACUUGGCUGACCUCAGUUGCACGGGGUCCUUAGUUGGAGACAGACUCGUCUUCUACUUUGAUACAGUGCAGAAAACCUGUGGAACCCAAAUGGAGGUAAAUUCAACCCAUGCUAUCUACACUAACGUAGUGCAGGGUCAUCUGGAGAACACCUACGGUGGGAUGAUCAGCCGAGACCGUUUUCUUUUCCUGCGCUUCUCCUGUGCUUUCCCACUAAACAUCAAUCUCUCCAUGGCAUCCGUCAUUUAUCCCAUCCAUGACAUCAUUAACAUGACCGUCUCCUCUGGCCAAGGAAAUUACCAGGCCAUCAUGACCUUGUACCAAGAUCCCCAGUACAGCAAACCGUUUGUUCAGAGCCCUAUUGUGCUCACGGUCAACCACAGGGCCUAUGUGGGCAUCAAGAUUUUGGGAGCUGAUCCCACCCGCUUUGUGGUCACCUUGUCCUCGUGCUGGGCCACGCCGGACAGAGAUCCUUCCUCCAGCAUUCGGUGGGAUCUCAUCACCAACCAGUGUCCUAAUCCUCAAGAUGGCACAGUACGAGUUGAGGAGGAUGGAGUAUCUCUGUUGGGACGCUUCUCCUUCAACGUUUUCACCUUCAUUGCGGAUUCUGAAGAAGUGUACCUACACUGUCGCAUCCGCCUUUGCAACUUCUGGUUGGCCAAAUGCACUGUGAAUUGCCAUUCUCCGGGCUCUGUGAUUUUGGGAAGGAAACCUCCAUCAGCCAUCAUCUCAGCUGGUCCUUUCUUGAAAUACAGCAGCAAUUUGCUAGAUCACGCGCUUUAGCAUCCUGCUGGAUUCCCUGCUAACUUCUUUUCCUGGGAACGUGGAUGGAUGGAUGGAGAUGGCAGACAUGAGGCUCACCAUUCACAGAGUGAUUUCACCCUGGAAUAGUCUUGGUUGGAUCAAUGAUGAGUGUGGAAAAGUUCUGGGUGAGGCCAGGACAAAGGAGUUCAUAUUUAGACCCAGUCUUGAUUAUUCAAUGGCUGAAUGUAUGUAUAAUGAUUAAAGUUGUAAAAUACACAAA